GGGCAACGUAGUAUUGGCGGUAUCAAGCCUUGACACAUCCCAUGUAAUAUCACAGAUGAUCUGGACAGCUUAUAUCAGACUUGGCUGUGACUGAAGAUGGACGAGGUAGGAGAUAAACUAGUCAUCUACGUCAAUGGCGAACAGAAGGUGAUUGCAGCACCUCAACCAUCGAGAACACUACUUCAGUACCUACGGAAUGAACUGGGCUUGACUGGAACGAAGAAUGGAUGCGACCAAGGAGGAUGUGGAGCGUGUACGGUGAUGACGUCAUGGUGGGACCCAGGUCAGAAGAUUGUCCGACAUAAAAACAUCUAUGCGUGUAUAACUCCGCUUUGCUAUCUCCACGGUCAUGUUAUAACUACAAUAGAGGGUGUAAGCAGUCAGCGGAAAGGCUUGCAUCCAAUACAGGAGAGUAUGGUGGCGUGCCACGGUGUACAGUGUGGUUAUUGUACCCCGGGUAUGAUCAUGUCUGUGUAUACACUCACACAGACAGACAAGGAGCCGUCACAGGAACGACUGGAGCAGGCGCUGGAAGGUAACCUCUGCAGAUGUACCGGAUACAGACCAAUUAUAGAGUCAUUCAAACCUCUUUGUAAGGAGGGUGCAUGCGGCGACAUUGAAGACAUAUUGAAAGCUCGGACUUGUGAAUUCAAAACUCAUCAAGAAAAGGCUUCAGUUAGUGACUUCCAAUCGGAUCUACAGGCGCUUGGUUCCAACACUGUGCGCUUCGUGUCAAGGGACAUGGUGUGGGUCAGACCAACCACAUUACAGGAAGUCGUACAACUAAUGGAGGACAUCCAAGGGGCCAGGCUUGUCAUGGGAGCCACUGCUAUUGGAUACUAUUUGAAGAAAGGAACUAUGACCGGAAAUACACUGAUUUGUUGCUCCCACGUACAGGAAAUGAAUGUGUUCCUGUUACAAAACGAUGUACUUGAAGUCGGUGCUGCAGUUGAUCUUGCAUCUUUGGAGAACCAUUUAGAUGGUAUCAUUUCCGCCGUUGAAAAAGACCAGUGUUACACGAGUAUCCAUGCACUGAAGAAAAGCUUGCGGUUACUAGGAUCAGACCAGAUAAGGAACGUUUCAACAAUAGGCGGUCACCUUGCACUUUGUGAUCCACGCUCAGACCUGUACCCAGUGCUGAUGGCUCUGGGGGCUACGGCGCUUAUAGCUACGAAAGAUGGACAGUCGGAAAUUUUGAUAGAGGAAGAUUUGGUCUCGGGGCCUUGGAAAACUAGUCUGCAGAAAUCGGACGUCGUAGUUUCAAUAAGAAUACCUAUGAACACGCAAAGUAAAACGUUUUACUAUAAACAGUCAAAACGAAAGAGUUUUGACUACGCCAUUGCCAAUGCUUGCUUCACUGUUACUCUGGCUGAUGAGACGGUAACUUCAGCACGUCUGUUCUUUGGCGGAAUCGGUCCAACAUUUACAGCAGCAUCACAUACAGCUAGCCUACUUGUUGGAAAAAAAUUAAACUAUUCCACGUUUGGACAAGUACGUGAUUCGCUAACAGAAGACCUAGAACGGAUGCAAAAAGGAAUAGAAAACAAGUUCAAAAUGCAGCUGGCUCAGGGAUUUUUUCGGAAGUUCUGGAACCAAAUAGCGAUUGAUACCAAAGAGACAGAUACAAAAGACGAUAUUCGUGAUUAUGGUACAAGUACAGGCACACAGGUGUGGGAGACUCUAUCUCCGACCCAACCGGAGCACGAUGCAGUGGGCAAACCCAUCCCCAUUGUAUCAGGACGUUCUUUAGUAUCCGGCGAGGCGACGUUUGUUUCAGACAUUCCACGUCAUAAAGGUGAGAUAUGGGUCGAACUGAUCGGUAGCACAAAAGCACAUGCCAAAAUUGUGUCAAUAGAUGUUACAAAAGCAAGACAGGUUCCAGGCGUCAUAGAUUUUAUGGACGCGAGUUGGAUACCAGGGCCGAACGAAUGGGGAGUCAGCGCCCAAGACGAUGUUUUGUUUGCUACAUCAGAGGUACACUUCUAUGGGCAACCAGUUGGUGCAAUCUUAGCAGAGACAGAAGAGGCUGCAAAAAAGGCAGCAGUGCUUGUGGAGAUACGAUAUGAAGACCUACCUGCUAUUCUGACACUUAAGGAUGCCAUCAGCAAGGAAUCGUUUAUACCAUUCAAAUCCAAACCACUGCAAAUGGGAGACCCUGAAAAGGUGUUUGAGGAUUGCGACUUUGUACUGGAGGGAGUGAUCCCAUCAGGUUAUCAGGAACACAUGUACAUGGAAACUCAGGCUUCAGUGGCUGUCCCGCACGAGGACGACGAGAUGGAAGUUUUCAUUACAACCCAAUCACAGGAUUUCUGUCAAAAGUCAGUUUCUAAGUUUUUGAAAAUUCCGGCAAAUCGCAUUACCGUUAGGACAAAACGGGUUGGAGGUGCGUUUGGAGGAAAAGAGUUCAGAGUUGUGUAUGCGCUUGCUCCAGCGGCCGUAGCAGCAUACAGAACAAAGCGACCUGCUCGAUGUGUAUUAGAUAGAUCAAUGGAUUUCAAGAUUUCGGGAAAACGUCAUCCAUUCCUUACCGAGUACAAAGCUGGAAUCAAUAAAAAUGGUCAGCUGAUUGCGGUCAAACUCAAGAUUUUCGUUGAUGCUGGAUAUUCCCUUGAUUGUUCAACUUGGUUCUUGAACAAAACUAUGUUCCACGUGGAUGGCAGUUACAGAAUUCCUAACUACAGAGUGGAGGGCAGUCUUUGCAGGACCAACACUGCAUCAAACACGACUUUCCGAGGUUUCGGGGCACCAGAGGGGGCAUUCAUAAUCGAGUCAAUCAUAGCCGAUUUGGCGCAGGCAUUUACACUGGCACCGGAACAGAUCAGAUUCACGAAUUUGUACAAGGAGGGAGACUGCACACAUUACCGCAAGGUACUGACGAAUUGUAAUCUUGAGAAAUGUUGGAAUGAGUGCAAAAGUCAGAGUAACUUCGUUCAGAAUAAAGAGGAAGUCAGUCAGUUUAACAAAUUACAUCAAUUGAGAAAGAGAGGACUUGCAUUGUUGCCAUGCAAAUGCUCUGUUUCAUACCCCAAUCGAGCUGAAAAUCAGGGAAGCGCCCUCGUCAACAUUUAUUUGGAUGGAUCAGUGUUGAUAUCACACGGAGGGAUAGAGAUGGGUCAGGGACUUCACACCAAGAUGAUACAAGUUGCUUCAAGAGCACUUGGUGUUCCUAUGGACAACGUGCACAUUAGUGGCACGGGGACCAAUAUAAUUCCUAAUUCCAUACCGUCAGCAGCAAGCUUUAGCUCUGACAUCUACGGAGAGGCCGUACUGAAUGCAUGCAGAACGAUCAGGGAAAGACUGGCGCCAAUCCAAGAGGGAAAACCACAACUAACUUGGAUAGACUUGGUUCAACAAGCUUUUCUUGAACGAAUUAGUCUGUCAGCUACUGGCUACUGUAGAAUCGGAACCCAUCAUUGGGACUUUGAGAAGGGAGAAGGCGACCCUUAUCACUACUUUACGUUUGGUGCAGCCUGUAGUGUGGUGGAGAUCGAUUGUUUGACAGGAGAACACCAGGUGUUGAGUACUGAUAUUGUGAUGGACGUCGGCAAAAGUCUCAACCCUGGUAUAGAUAUAGGUCAGAUAGAAGGCGCUUUUGUACAGGGAUACGGCGGGCUCACUAUGGAGGAAAUACACGUGGAAGCCAACGGUCGAUACAACAUUUCUGGACCAGUUGAUUACAAGAUUCCAAAUGUCAAAGAUAUCCCAAGAGAGUUCAGAGUGUCGCUCUUAAAGGAUUGUCCUAACGAACGAGCAGUAUAUUCGUCUAAGGGAAUUGGAGAACCACCAAUGAUACUAUCCAUUUCGGUAUAUCUUGCACUGAGAGAUGCCAUCCAAGCCGCUAGGUCAGACGCUGGCUUACCUUCGGUAAUAAGGCUGGACGCCCCACUUACGGUUGAAGCCAUACGGUCAGCGUGUCCUUGAACUUGAAUGACCAUCAUGUUCUUCUUAUGACUGGCUGUGCAGUUUGCGUACAUUGGAAAAUUGGAGAGAUUAUCCCUUUUUAUUUAAACCCCUUUCGAUCCUGAUUUAGAGGGGAUUUUAACAGGAAGCUGAUGAUUUGGAAGCUUUCCAGUAAAUUAUCAAACAUAAGAAAUGCUGAUUGCUGACUGGACAUGAGUCAAUCGAUAAAAUAUCAUCAAGUGAGAGGAAAAAUUAAGAGGGCGACAAUAUUUUGAAAGACUAAAGGUCAGUGCUGUAGCAGAGGAUACUUCUGUUAACAUAUUCUGUAUUUUGGAAAAUUCAAUUUGCACUUGGAACGUUUGAGCAAUAUACUCUCCAAAUACAGAAUUCAGUUGUGUGUAUGAUUUGAAUAUGUAAAGAUCAAAGCAAAUGGUGUUUUUGGAAAGUAGCGAAACAGCGACUGCACACAGGAACACAAGGUUUAACAAAAUAGACACGAGACCACCAUUAAUUAGGAGAGAUCAAACAACAGUGAACGAGUGUAAUCGAUUUACAUCAUUACGCAUGACAAAAUGCCAGCUUAAAUGCCCUAUAUGUAUAUAAAUGAUAAAAGAAUAUCGUAUGCGAUUAAAAUGUUCCAAAGGCGCUAGGUAAUGUUUUCCUAAAGAAAUAAUAUGAUAUAAAAAUAUUAUAGUAAUCAAGAGAUAUUGUGUCACAAGCAACGGCUGAUUUUUAGCUCACCUGGCCCGAAGGGCCAAGUGAGCUUAUGGCAUGGUGCGGCGUCCGUCGUCCGUC